CAAACGUAAACAAAUGACGAAAUUGACAGAAAGUGUCGAAAAUCGGGUAUGGCAAUGGGACCGUUUUAUGUUGUGUCAAUACAUUUCCAAGCAGAUUCGUAUUGCAGUUUAGUUGAAGAGAUGUUGUGUCCGUCGUUUUGGCCUAAAGCCAGUAAAUCAUUCACUGGUAGUGUUGCACAACCGUUCGUAAAUAAUUUGCUGAUAAACAUAUAAGCAGCUGAUAUUAUAGUGAUAAGGACCAUUUUCUGAUGACAAGUUCAUUCUACCAGUAUACCCAACGUCAAUACAAGACAAUUUACACGAGUAUUAUUAUUAACGUGUGUAUAGCCAGAAGAUAGUUAUUUUAAUCAUGAGUGAAAACAGCCCAGUAUCUCAAUCGUCCAACUCCAAUGCGGACAAAAAGAACGGUUGGGUUGGACCGCCGACCAAGGAAUGGCUUGAAAACAGGUUGUCUAAGAGGCUAUGUUACCUGCUCCGAUAUGGUGCUCUCAAAGAAGGACUUCAUGCUGAUGAUCAAGGGUAUGUCAACAUUGAGGAACUGUGUACAGCGAACCUCCUAAGGGAACACAGCCAAGAGGAGGUGUUUGAGGAAAUCAAAUCUUCAACAUCAGGGAGGAAAACAAAACGCUUCCAGUGGAAGGAAGAACAUGGAAAGAUCUAUGUGAGAGCACAGUACGCUCGACGAUUAGAGAAGAGUCCUUACCAUGAAGACUGCAAGGUGCCAACCCUGUUUGAGACCUGCAUACAAAGUGUCCUCACAAACAUAGAAGAUUACGAUCUGGAUGAUUUCCCCGAUGAAUUUGUCAUAAGCACAAUGAUCCAUCGUCUGAAGCGUCAGAAGAAGCUGAACAACAAAGCCCUACAGAUCCUUCUGGUGCCGACCUUGGAGCACCUGGACCUAGAGGGUCUCUACCUCACUAACAACAUUCUCAAGAUGGUGUGGAUAAAAUGUCCCAACAUUAAAACCCUCAGUCUCAAGAACUGUGGAUAUAUCAUGACGGAUAACCUCAUGUCUCAGCUAGUCAAGAAACUGCCAAACCUGACGUCACUGAAUUUGGCCCAGUGUCAGCAUUUAACAGACAUUACACUCAGAUCAAUCAAAAAACACUUAAAGAACUUACGAAAUAUUAACAUAUCUAUGGUGAGAAACUUCACAGAGGCAUGUGUGUUAGACUUUAUAAUAAACCUUCCCAACCUAGAGCAGGUGGACAUGUACGACGUCAGGGUAUCAUCGGAGGGACGCCAAACUCUGGCCGAGAUUGGCAAAGACAGAACGUUGAAAAUUGUUCUAUGAGAAUUCCACAGUAAAGAGGCAGCGAGGGGAAAAUCCUUCAAAGAUGUUGCCACAUUUUGGACAAGUUUGGUACUGAACUCAAGUUUCAAGGACUGGUCAUUUAUUAAUUGGGGGCUGGUCAGCAAAUAAGUUUGGUAUGAGGACUGCAUCAUAUUUUUCUGAGCACCACAUUUAUGUAACCAUUUUAUAUGAUCCUACUGAGACAUGGAACAUUUAUUCCUGAGUCCCUCCCUAAAAUAUAUGACCAGUCCCAAAAUAUUGCUUGAGUUGGUAAUUUUUUAAUUUGAAAAAAUAGAACUUACUUUUAUCACCCAGAUGUAUAAUUCAGGGGUGGAAAUAACUUUAAUAUUGCUAUUGUACUCCGGUACAGUGGUACAUGUAAAAUCACUUGCCCUGAUAAUUUUUCCACUAU